AUGAGCACGACCCAUAGUGCAUACAAGCCAGGCACUGCGCCGAUCAAGGCAGAAUUCCUCGUGCCGUCAUGGCCCGCACGCAGUGGCUCCCUGCAGGGGGAGAACGCAGCGACAGCCUCCGCCGAGUCUUGUGACACGUCAGUCGCUCAAGGCCAAGUCGAGACCGCGUCGUACCAGAUCGCGGACGGCGCCACCACAGAGAUGCCGAAGCAAGAUACAUCCACAGGCACACUGUCAGCCGAGGCUGAGCCGAAAAGGAAACGUGCGCGUGGCCAGAACAAAGGUCGGCAGUUUGCGCGCAUGGACGACGAUAUCGCGCUGUGUGCCAACCUGGCCAAGGGACGCGUGUGUGAGUUUGCAGAUACAUGCAAAUUUAGCCACGAUCUAUGUGCCUAUCUCACGCAUAAGCCUCGCGAUAUCCCGUUCAUCGCGCCACCCGCCGACAAGGAUCGCGUUCAGCAGAUGAACGAGAGCGAGCGCAGUGCAUACCUGGAUGCUCUCUAUGCCCAAGCCGUCGCCUCAGAGACACCUGGGCCUACCGAGGCAGCAUCAGAUCCCAUUCAGCACAGUCUACGUGACGAUACGCAGUGCCCGUACUUCCGAGAACGUGGGGCAUGCCCUAUCGGUUGGAAAUGCCGAUUUCUUGGUGCGCACGUACGCCGUGUGUCACCCUCGAAAGCUGUGGUGGGCGACGAGGCACAAGGUAUGCUUCAGACAGGACUGGAGUUGGUCGUCGACGAUGCACGGUAUGCAGCGUACCUCCAUCGCCCCUCCUUGUUUGCGCAUCGACAACAUGCCGACAACGACGAAGUGAACUGGCUUCCGCCUGGCGUAGCGCGGAGUCUGCGUACGAAGAAGUACGUCUACGAAAAGGCACCUGUGAUUGUCUCGACACUCCAGCAGGAAUCGCAGGCGCUGCAAGCCAUGCCGCCGAGUGAGGCCGCCUCCACCUCGUUGGGCAAAGGGCCUUUGCGUGUGAAUUAUGCGCUGGCGAAGACCGAAGCUGAACUCAGUGCGGCCCUGCCGCGUGACGCGUCUCCGGACACCCUGGAAGCGUACGAAGAUGCCCUGCGGAAUGCGCGAGAUGGCAGCGAUGCCGCAGCUGAUACCGCGCGUGUGCGUCCCUCAGAAAAGCGCCGGCUGCGCUGGCAUGGCGAUUUGUACUUGGCACCUUUGACGACGACAGGCAACCUCCCUUUCCGUCGCCUAUGUGCGUCGUUUGGCUCCGAUAUUCACUGUGGUGAGAUGGGCAUGGCUGAAGCUUUUACACAAGGCCACGCCUCGGAAUGGAGCUUGGUUCGUCGAUGGGAAGGCGAGCGGAUUUUUGGCACGCAGAUCUGCGGCGCGAAACCAGACUUUCUUGUGCCUGCCGCUGAAGUAUUGGCGCGCGAAGUCGGCGCGGGUCUUGACUUUGUCGACGUGAACUGUGGCUGCCCGAUCGAUCUGGUCUAUAACAAAGGCGCAGGCUCGGCCCUGCUGGAUCAUGUGAGUAAACUCGGUCGGAUUGUGCGUGGCAUGUCAGAAGCGCUAGGCGAGAUCCCUCUUACGAUUAAAUUGCGUACAGGCACCACAGCCAAGCUUACUACGCACAAAAUCUUUGCGCGUGCGCAGACGGAAUGGGGUGUGGGCGGCAUUACGCUGCAUGGCCGCUCGCGGAAGCAGCGGUACAAAAACGAUGCCAACUGGGACUACAUUCGUACUUGUGCAGACACACUGCGUGAGUCUGUGCGGACGUGGAACGAGGAGUCUCGGCAUGCUGACGAGCCGGAAAUGGCCCCCAUUCCGAUCUACGGCAAUGGCGAUGUGUACGGCUGGCGCGAUUACGAAGCACAUAUGACAGAAGCGCAUGUCGACGGGACUAUGAUUGCUCGUGGCGCACUUAUCAAGCCAUGGAUCUUUACCGAGAUCAAGGAGCGACGUGAUUGGGAUAUCAGCAGUCGUGAGCGUCUGGACAUGGUGCGGCAGUUUGCGUCGUAUGGCCUGACGCACUGGGGCGCAGAUACCCAGGGCAUCAAUACGACGCGCCGCUUCCUUUGUGAGAUGCUUUCAUUUACGCAUAGGUACGUCCCGCUUGGUGUGUUGGAGCAUGUGCCUGUACGUAUGAACGACCGUCCUCCGCCGUUCGAAGGCCGCGAUCCGUUGGAAACGUUGCUCAGCAGUCCGAGCGCUCAGGACUGGACACGUAUCGCCGAUAUGUUCCUCGGCCCUGCCCCAGACAAUUGGCGGUUUACACCGAAACACAAAUCCAACUCGUUCGACGACGCGUCCGAGUCGCAAGGGUAG